AUGUUUGACUUCUUCUCAAGACAGGAUCAAGAGCAUGAGAGCGGCUGCGAGCGCAUGGCGAAGAGCAUCCUUUGCGCCAUCUGCGGCUUCCCCAUCUUCCUGCUCACAGCCUCCAUCUUGCUGGGCUGGAACGAGAAGCGAGACGUCUGUGAACAAGCCGCCAUUCUGUCCGGAGAGGCGGCCUAUACGAGCGUCGGCUGCACCGACGCCUCAGCCUCCUCAGGCAGCUUGGUGUUCUUCAAUUGCGACAUCUCGUCCACGGGGCUGUCGCCUUUGGGCUUCGAAGGCUUCAACGCCGGAGACUUCUCCACCACAUUGGCCUCCUAUGCGCCCCGGUUGGCACUGGCGUGA